GAGCUAAUGCCCCCAAGUCUUGAACUGUACUUUCGUUCAUACUGCUCCAGUGCGAGUCUUUAAGUGACGACUAAAACUCCGGCAGAAGUGACGGGACCCACUUUUUGCCAUGUUAACAGCGGAUGGAAUUUAAGUCGUUUUAACCGCUUUGUCCCAAUUCAGCUCUCAGAAGUUCAACAGGAUUUUCGAGGAAAAAAAGCUCCGAUAUGUCUCUACUUUGUGUGAGAGUGAAGAAAGCCAAGCUCCAGGGGCCGCCAGAUAAGUUCAAUGCCUACGUGACGCUGAAGGUUCAAAAUGUCAAAAGCACAACCAUCACAGUCCGAGGGGACCAGCCGUGCUGGGAGCAGGACUUCAUGUUCGAGAUUAACCGGCUGGACCUGGGGCUCAUCGUGGAGGUGUGGAACAAGGGGCUGAUCUGGGACACCAUGGUGGGGACGGCCUGGAUCCCUCUAAGGAGCAUCCGACAGUCGGACGAGGAGGGCCUGGGUGAGUGGACCUUCCUGGAUGCCGAGGUGCUGAUGAAGGCGGAUGAGAUCUACGGCACCAAGAACCCCACCCCCCACCGCGUCCUGCUCGACACUCGCUUCGAACUGCCCUUCGACAUCCCGGAGGAGGAGGCCCGGUACUGGACCGGCAAGCUGGAGCGCAUCAAUACCAUGAGGAUACACGAUGAGUACCCACUGCAAGAUGAAGUUCAAGAGAGAAGCCUGCCCUCUGCUGCCUCCCAGUGCUCCCUGGAGGACCACGACAGUGCAGUGGACGAUCGGGACAGUGACUACCGCAGCGAGACUAGCAACAGCCUGCCCCCGCGGUACCAUACCACAGCCCAGCCGAACUCCUCCCUGCACCAGUACCCCAUGGGCCCCCACCUGCAGCACCAAGCUGACUCGCGAGAGUCCUACACGGACUCCAUGCAGAGCUAUGACCUGGACUACCGGGAAAACAGGGGCACCAGCCCGGUGAACAGCAGUCGCUUUGGGUCCUCGGGGAACCUGAGCCAGGCUAGCUCUCAGCUGAGCGAGACGGGGCCGGACAGUGCUGCAGGCUCCGAGCUGGAGGAACGCCGCGACCAGGAGUCCUACCACUCCUACCACAGCACUGGCAGCUACAGGCCUGCCAAUGGGCACGCUGCAUGGGACCAGGAGGAGGGCAGCAAGCCCUCCACGGAGCCCGGCAAGGCCGUAAAUGGCACCCUGCAGACGGACAGGAUCUCCCCAGUGCAGCCCCCGUUGCCUCAGGAGAAGUUUGAGAAACCUGCCAUAAGUUUCUUUGAAGGUGGACCACCGCCCUUUCCCCCUUCGAGAGUGCGCUGGCUGAAGGCCAUCAACAAAGUCCGGGUCCAGCUGCAGGAGGGCCGAGAGGAUGGCGAUAACGGCAAACAGGCUUGGGUCAAACCCGGAGGGGGUGGCGGCCUCUUUGGGAUUGACAGCAUGCCCGACCUUCGCAAGAAGAAGCCCCUCCCCCUGGUCAGCGACUUGUCCCUGGUCCAGUCCAGGAAGGCCGGAAUCACCUCUGCCAUGGCCACACGGUCAUCCAUCAAGGAUGAGGAGCUGAAAAACCAUGUCUACAAGAAGACCCUGCAGGCGCUGAUCUACCCCAUCUCCUGCACCACGCCCCACAACUUCGAGGUGUGGACGGCGACCACGCCCACCUACUGCUACGAGUGCGAGGGGCUGCUGUGGGGCAUCGCCCGGCAGGGCAUGAGGUGCACCGAGUGCGGGGUCAAAUGUCACGAGAAGUGCCAGGACCUGCUCAACGCCGACUGCCUGCAGCGUGCGGCAGAGAAGAGCUCCAAACACGGGGCUGAGGACCGCACCCAGAACAUCAUCAUGGCCAUGAAGGACCGCAUGAAGAUCCGUGAGCGCAACAAGCCGGAGAUCUUCGACAUGAUCCGUGACGUCUUCGUUGUGAGCAAGGUCAUCCACGCCCAGCAGAUGAAGACCAUCAAGCAAAGCGUCCUGGAUGGCACCUCCAAGUGGUCAGCCAAGAUCACCAUCACAGUGCUUUGUGCCCAGGGGCUCCAGGCCAAGGACAAGACAGGCUCCAGUGAUCCCUACGUCACAGUCCAAGUGGGCAAGACCAAGAAGAGGACCAAGACCAUCUAUGGCAACCUCAACCCGGUCUGGGAGGAGAAGUUCCACUUCGAGUGCCACAACUCGUCGGACCGCAUAAAGGUGCGUGUGUGGGAUGAGGACGAUGACAUCAAGUCGCGGGUGAAGCAGCGGCUGAAGAGGGAGUCCGACGACUUCCUGGGGCAGAGCAUCAUCGAGGUCCGCACGCUGAGCGGGGAGAUGGAUGUCUGGUACAACCUGGAGAAGAGGACGGACAAGUCGGCGGUGUCUGGGGCCAUCCGUCUGCAGAUCAGCGUGGAGAUCAAAGGGGAGGAGAAGGUGGCUCCGUACCAUGUCCAGUACACCUGUCUGCACGAGAACCUGUUCCACCACACCACCGACAUCAUGGCCCAGGGCGUGGUCAAGAUCCCGGACGCCCGGGGCGACGAUGCGUGGAAGGUGUACUUCGACGAGGUGGCGCAGGAAGUAGUGGACGAGUUCGCCAUGCGCUACGGCAUCGAGUCCAUCUACCAGGCCAUGACACACUUUGCCUGCCUCUCCUCCAAGUACAUGUGUCCAGGCAUUCCCGCAGUGAUGAGCACCCUACUGGCCAACAUCAACGCCUUCUAUGCCCACACCACCGCCUCCACCAACGUGUCUGCCAGCGACCGCUUCGCCGCCUCCAACUUUGGGAAAGAGCGGUUUGUUAAGCUCCUGGAUCAGCUGCACAAUUCUCUCCGCAUCGACCUCUCCACGUACCGGAACAACUUCCCUGCCAGCAGCAAGGACCGUCUGCAGGACCUGAAGUCCACCGUGGAUCUCCUGACGAGCAUCACCUUCUUCAGGAUGAAAGUCCAGGAAUUGCAGAGCCCCCCCAGGGCCAGUCAGGUGGUGCGAGACUGUGUGAAAGCCUGUCUGAACUCCACCUACGAGUACAUCUUCAACAACUGCCAGGAGCUCUACAGCCGUCAGUACCAGCCAGUAGACCCAAACAAGGAGGAGCUGCCGCUGGAAGAACAGGGCCCCAGCAUCAAGAACCUGGACUUCUGGCCCAAGCUGAUCACUCUCAUCGUGUCCAUCAUUGAGGAAGACAGGAACUCCUACACCCCGGUCCUCAACCAGUUCCCCCAGGAGCUGAACGUGGGAAAGGUCUCUGCUGAGGUGAUGUGGACGCUCUUCUCCCAGGACAUGAAGUACGCUAUGGAAGAGCACGAGAAGCACAAGCUGUGUAAGAGCGCAGACUACAUGAACCUGCACUUCAAGGUCAAGUGGCUCUACAACGAGUACGUCAAGGACCUGCCGGCCUUCAAAGGGGUCAUCCCAGAUUACCCAGCGUGGUUCCAGCAGUUUGUUCUGCAGUGGCUGGAUGAGAAUGAGGAAGUCUCCAUGGAGUUCAUGCACGGUGCCCUGGAGAGGGACAGAAAGGAUGGGUUCCAGCAGACCUCAGAGCAUGCCCUGUUCUCCUGCUCCGUGGUGGACGUCUUCACCCAGCUCAACCAGAGCUUCGAGAUCAUCAAGAAACUGGACUGUCCCGACCCCAAGGUCAUGGCCCAUUACAGCCGCCGAUUCGCCAAGACCAUUGCCAAAGUGCUGCAGCAGUACUGUACCCUUCUCACCAAGAGCUUCCCGGCCUACUGCGACAAAGAAAAGAUCCCCUGCGUCCUCAUGAACAACGUCCAGCAGCUACGUGUUCAGCUGGAGAAGAUGUUUGAGUCAAUGGGAGCCAAACAGCUGGACACGGAGGCCAGUGACCUGCUGAAUGAGCUGCAGGUGAAGCUCAACAACGUGCUGGAUGAGCUGAGUGCCACCUUCGGGAACAGUUUCCAGAGCCGCAUCGACGACUGCAUGAGGCAGAUGGCUGACCUCCUGUACCAGGUGAAGGGCCCUGUCAACGCCGCCAGCCGCAGCACGGUGGAGGCCGACUCCGACAACGUCCUCCGGCCCCUCAUGGACUUCCUGGAUGGAAACCUGAUGCUGUUCGCCACGGUGUGUGAGAAGACGGUGCUGAAGCGCGUGCUAAAGGAGCUCUGGAGGAUAGUCAUGAACAGCCUGGAGAAGACCAUCGUCCUGCCGCAGAGCAGCGACACCUCCGGAGCGCAGAUGAUCCUCACCGCUGCCAAAGACCUGGGCCAGCUGUCCAAACUCAAGGAUCACAUGGUCUCGGGUGAGGCGAAAAGCCUGACGCCCAAGCAGUGUGCGGUCAUGGACGUGGCGCUGGACACCAUAAAGCAAUACUUCCACGCGGGAGGAAACGGACUGAAGAAGGCCUUCCUGGAGAAGAGCCCGGAGCUUUCCUCCCUGCGCUACGCCCUGUCCCUGUACACCCAGACCACCGACACGCUCAUCCGCACCUUCGUCACCACCCAACACGCUCAGGUGCACAAUGGACGAGGUAUAAGGUUUACAGCUAGCGAGAAAAUCCAGCCAACCAAGGGUUCUGGAGUGGACAAGCCCGUGGGGGAGGUCUCCAUACAGGUGGACCUCUUCACUCACCCUGGAACAGGGGAACACAAGGUGACCGUGAAAGUUGUGGCGGCGAAUGACCUGAAGUGGCAGACGUCGGGAAUGUUCCGGCCCUUUGUGGAGAUCACCAUGCUCGGGCCACACCUCAGCGAUAAGAAGCGCCGCUUCACCACCAAGUCCAAGAACAACAGCUGGGCACCCAAGUUCAACGAGACCUUCCACUUUCUGCUCAGUAACGUCGACGGGCCGGACUGCUACGAGCUGCAGGUGUGCGUGAAGGACUACUGUUUCGGGCGGGCGGACCGGGUGGUGGGCGUGGCCGUGAUGCAGCUGCGGGACGUGGCGGAGAGGGGCAGCUGCGCCUGCUGGUGCCCCCUGGGCCGGCGGGUCACCACGGACGAGACGGGACAGACCGUGCUGAGGAUCCUGUCCCAGCGCAACAACGACGAGGUCGCGCGAGAGUUCGUCAAGCUGAAGUCCGACACGCGCUCGGCCGAGGAGGGCAGAUGA